UGUAGACAUAUGAAUAUUCUUGGGGCAAAAUAAAUAGAGUAGAAGUGGGGGACAAAUAUGGAAAAGGGCUAAAAAAUAAUAAAAAUCCUCCCGAAAAUUCCUUCGGCAUCGUCUUCACUCUAGAACCUGUCGUUUUUCCUGCACCCGCUUGAAGGAGAAAAGGCGAGAAAAGGUGCAAUUUUUAUCGUUGCAGAGGUCAAAGAUCAUGCUCUGGGACGAGCUCGAGCGGGAAUCAGAAGAUAAACAGGAGCAAGAGCGAGAAUCCACGACAGAAUUCGAUUUCCUCUCGCUCUUAUCCAAUCAAAAGGACUACUACCGAAUAUUGGAAGUUGACUACGAUGCUACUGAAGAAACUAUCAGGUCCAACUAUAUUCGUCUGGCAUUGAAAUGGCACCCAGAUAAGAAAAAGGGCGAGGAAAAUGCAACCUCAAGGUUUCAGGAGAUAAAUGAGGCUUACAAGGUUCUGAGUGAUCCUGCCAAAAGACGAGAAUAUGACAGGAAAGGAGUUCUUUAUGUCCUAGAUUAUAAUACCACGGAUUACUUGAAUCGCUACAAGAGCUUGAUAUUGACAUGCAAUGGCCUUGGGAACAGAUUUUCAGUAUGGUAAUGUAGCAGGGUGAUUGCGCAGUCCGAUGCACGGAAGAUCGUAAACUUCUUAAUUCUGAGGAGCCAUACCAUGUAAUUCAGUUAUUAGUGCCUUUUCUCUUAGAUUUGGACCAGUUGAAUGUAUAGAGGGGUGAUGGGAUGCUUAUCCUUGUUGUACCAGAGCAUGCUUUUAUGUGGGGACUAAUUUGAGAAGCUCUUGAAUCCUUUUCUUAGACUCUGCAUAGGCACGAUGUAAUUGUAAGAUUGAUGUUCCCUUGCCCCUAGCUGAUAUAGGAGGGGCUUGAUUGUUCUGCUCAAGUUGUUAAAUUCUUUUUCCUUACUAAUGAUUUAAUGGGGAAAAAUCGAUUAAUGCAAAUGACCGUUGAAAGCUC